AUGACAACAUUCUCACUGGUGACGCUUUCCAUCCUCGCCCUACUAUUCGUCGUGCGAUAUCGAAAGGAAAUCGUCAAUUGGCCUAUUACUGUCCUCAGAGGGAAAGGCUACGGGAAAGAUGUCGCGCCGGACGACCCAUCCAAUGUCAAGCGGUUGGCACCAUACCCAGCACAGCCCAUCAAGGGCAGAGAGCGAUACCGCGUCAUGAUGGACAUUCGCAAGCUGGAUUCGCAGAAUUGGCUCACCCUCGACAAGAACUACAUGGAAGAACACCGUGUGCGAGAUCAUUUGCUGCGUGAAAAACGCGAGCAGGUUCUACGAUGCUUGCCGGAAUCUCUCGAGGCCUGCCGGGAGGCUCUGGAAGAGGUGUCUGAUUUUCUCUGUCAGCGAUUUCCCAAUAUGUUUCAAAAAGUCAGCCACAACGAUCAAAAGUUCAUUCAAAACUGCAUGACUGGAGAGAGAUUCGAUAUCGGUGGGUCGCCCGCGGGCGAGCGAAACACUGACGCCCUGGAGGCGGCUGUACGACUGACGAUGGAGGAUCUGAGCAUUUUGAUGCUGAAUAAUGAGGGUGAAUAUUACUUGGCGGCAAGUGCCAGUCUGUUCCCAACCGGCUGGACAGUGCAAGAACGCAUCGGAUGGACCAUCUCCCAACUGCAUGCACCGGUACCAUUGUGGCACCAACAGGUGUCGAAUUCGGUCAGCAAAUUCCUGUCCCGUCUCACGUCCAAUUCGCCUAUGGAGCGUUCCAAUUACUUCGUCGAAGUCAAGCGGCCCGACGAGGACCUCUUUGAAAUUCUCUAUCGUCCUGGGGCUCUUUGCGAAAAGGAAUUGAGCAAUCCCUCCCCCGAGCAGAUUAUCAUUCGUCGCGAAAGGCAGACCUUCCGCCGCCUGCCGCGGACUGGUGCCCUUGUUUUCGGCGUGAAGACGUACUUGACUACCCUAGACCAACUGCCGAUGCAAGAAUUGGAGAAUCUGGUCAAGGAGAUGAAAAGCUGGCCUGAGCAUGUGGCCGAGUACAAGGGUAUGAAUGUCUGGAGCGCGAAGGUGUUGGAAUUUUACAAUAUGCGCAUGGCGGCCAGUGGGUUGCAGGAUGAGGUGAAGGAGAAGGUUGAAGUUUGA